UACGGGCACGGUAAGUGGUGAUGAGUCAGGACUCAGGAGUCGUCAUGAGUCAUCCCAUUUGCUGAUUGAUUCCAUUCGUGAUGGCAAUGGCCAUUUCUCCUUCUUCGUCUUCCUCUGGAUUCCCAUCACGUUUGCGUUGUUUGUCCCAACCGUCAGCAUCUACUCUUACUGAACUUGCGUUCUCCACUGUUUUCAAUUACAGAGAAUCGCGUCUACGAACCUCCCUAUCCCUAGGAGGAGGAGGAGGAGUAGUAGUAGUGGGAGCUGAGCUGUUGCUGCAGCAGAAGCAGAAGCUCCGGCAAUAUUCAGCUAUCAUGGCAUCGUCAGACGGCCAAGUAACCCUUCCGCUGAGUCACGCCCACGCCCAGUGGACCGAACUGAACGAGGAGUCAGAUUUUGUAUCUCUUCUCUCACCAGACGGCUACCUUUCCAUCUGUGGAUUUGGUUCUCUCCUCUCUGAGAGAAGUGCGCGGAGUACAUUUCCGGAUCUGGUGAAUUUCAGGGUUGCGAAAUUGAACGGCUUCCGACGCGUCUUUGCUCACGCCGCUCCCAUCUUCUUUGAGCGUGGCAUUGCCAAUCCAGAAACCGGGGAGAUUUCGAGCCUAAGCGUAGAACCAUGUGAAGGUGAAACCCUCAUCGUCACCGUGUUUGAGAUCAAACGAUCGGAGAUCCCAUCUUUCAUCGAAAGGGAGCAGGAGUUUCGUUUUCUGGCUCAGGUGGUGCCAGAGACUCUGGAUGGGAUAACAUUCGCUAGUCCUGGGGUGCUUUGUGCCCGUUAUGGUGAUGAGGAAUAUUUUCGUGUUAGAUUGAAAGAUGUUCAUCAGGUAUACUCAGGGCCAUAUCCCUUCGAUAAUUUGAAUGCAGUGACAGACCGAGACAUGACCAAUCCUUCUCAAACAAUUCCUAGCCAAUCCUUCUCAAACAAUUGCAAUGGUGGACUCUUUAUUGUAUCUGACAGUCUGACCUUGGUAAGCAAUUUGCAAGACCAUGUUUUUGCUUUAUCUAUUGAAGCAUGAUCCCUUCAAUAAAUUUGGUCCUGAAUAUCAACCUCUUUCCCGCUUCAUCUAUUUCACCUAAGUGAUGACUGGUCUGUCAUAUUUUCUUAUGACCAAGGCAUGUCUCUCUUUCACACGGACUUUAGAUUGGUCUGUCAUAUAUUUUCCUGAUCCAAGUUCAUGGAACUUCUAAAUGACUUCAAGAUAAACUAUGUUUACUGGCUAUUUAUAUGUUGAAUCACUAAAUUUAAUAGUUCCCUAGGUACAGAGAUGCUUGACAUUCAAUUCAUCUAUUUCACCUAAGGGAUGUCUCCUGAUUCCACAAAGCAACACACCCGAUUCUUCUAUGUUUUACGUGGAGGGAUGAGUUAAUUUCAAGGCGUAAACAAUACAUAUUACCAAAUUCUAUGCUCCAAUGCUUAAGAAAUCAGCUGAUCCUAAUAGCCAUCUUUACAAAAAUGCCAGACUGGCUGACAUAUUAUAGUUAAAAGUAGCAGGAGCGUCUAUCCUACUGCCGUUAAUCAAACUCUUCUGUUAGUUUUUGUGACUUUUUCCCUGUAAAUGUUCUGUUUUACAUUGUUGCAUUAUUUCCACUGUUACAAGAAUUAAUUAUAUAAGAAUGUGAACUUAAUCUCAUAUUGGAACGAAAAUAGUCUGCCGAUCAUCGCAUUCAUGAAUAUUGUUUAGUGGCUGAUGACUCAUCUUAAAAACUGGCCAGUGAUAUUACUAGUUAUCUUGAAGUGGAGUUACAACAUUUAUAACAUAUUAAAAGGGGAUAAGGACUAGUAGGUACAAUUAAAGUUUCAACAUUCCGUGUGUCUUCAUUUCUUAAUCAUAAUAUUAGAGGAGACUUAAAAUGAGUUUCAUACAUCAUGGGAGGCUCCUAGUGACCCUCCUGAACUUGCAUUUCUUUUGCAAAUGGAUUAGUUCCAUUAGAAAGAAAACCAAUUACCUCCUAUCUACAAUGUUUGCCAUUCUUUGAUCCAUUGCAGUUUAGA